ACAAUACAAUGAUGUACACACUUUUAUCUCAUCUCAAGUAGGGUUAUAUUUGUUCACUUAUAUUUCUGUUAAUUAGUUGUUUACGAGAGUAGAGUGCAAAAUUUGUUUUUAAUUUUAUAGAGCUGGUUAGUGGUUAGAGAAGAGUUUGAAGACUGUGUCAAGUUUACAGCUAACUUCGAGGCUAGAGGUUAAGUUGUCACAGUUUCGAUUACAUAUAGAAUCAUGUCUAUAUUGGGUGAAAGAGCUAGUGAUACAUUGGUUGAUGAUCUUCCUAACUUAAAAAUUGAAAUAGAAAAUGAUCUUCAAAAUAUGGAAACAGACGAAGGUAGUUUGGGUUCAAAUAAGGUUGGAUCUGUCUCCUCAGAUACUGAAGAGGGUGAAGUUGUUGAUGAUGAUGAGGUGCUUGGGGUGGUUAAUGGAAAAUCAAAUUCCGCUUUAAAACUAGCUACCCAAAUAGUGCCUACUGGGAGGUCCAUAUUGAAAUAUGAUACAAAGGAGUAUGUUGAGCUUCAACAGCAAACAGCAGCAGCUGUAAAGAACCCAAAUGGAGCUUUUGUUACUGGUGUCAACAUUUUCAGCCCAGAGGAACAGGCAAAACUAGAUAAACGUGCACAACGCUUCGGAAUCGAAGCCUCUGAAGGCAAAGUUUUGACAGAGAAACUUUUAAAAAAACUUUAUAAGAGCAUGUGUGUAAAGCCAACAGACAAGAACAUCAGAACAGAAGCCCUCCACAUGAGAGGCACUGAAGAGAUGACCACUCAUGAUGUUUUUAGUUACUUCAAAGACUAUGGACCAGCUUCUCUUGAAUGGAUAACUGACAAUUCAUGUAAUGUGGUGUGGUUGGACGAUAUCUCAGCAGCAAGAGCUCUACUAGGCCUCUCUGUGCACAUCUCUGGUCAGACUGCCCUUCACAAGCCAUCGCAGUCUGACAGUGACGUAGAGAUGGAGACUACGCCAGCUGACGAGACAGAUAAUCUCUCUGAGGAGUCUGAUGCAGUGUCUGUGUCAGAUCUAGAUGUAGAGCUCCCCCCAGGUAGAUGGCGUAGAGGAGCCCCUCACCCCCUGUCACCCUGCAUACUGCAGCUAAUCAGAGGAAUUAGAAGCUAUACAAUGCAACACUCUUUGUUCUCUGUUGCAGGAGUCAGAUGCAGUGUCUGUGAGUCUGAUGCAGUGUCUGUGUCAGAUCUAGAUGUAGAGCUCCCCCCAGGUAGAUGGCGUAGAGGAGCCCCUCACCCCCUGUCACCCUGCAUACUGCAGCUAAUCAGAGGAAUUAGAAGCUAUACAAUGCAACACUCUUUGUUCUCUAUUGCAGGAGAGUCUGAUGCAGUGUCUGUGUCAGAUCUAGAUGAGUCUGAUGCAGUGUCUGUGUCAGAUCUAGAUGUAGAGCUCCCCCCAGGUAGAUGGCGUAGAGGAGCCCCUCACCCCCUUUCUCCCUGCAUCCUGUUGCGAUUCGCUUCCACAGCUGACCGCAGUCUCCCACGACCUGGCUUUACAAAAUAUGGCAGUCAUGAUUUUGGAGGUUAUGUUGGACUUAUCAGUGAGUCUCGAAGACGUCGCAUGCUCAAUGCAUUACCCACACCCAUCAUGUUUGAUGAUGUGGGCGAUGAGAUUAUCCCAAAACCCUCACUGGAUAAUAAAGACCACACCAACCCAUGGGGCUCCUUGGCAAAGACGUGGAGUCAGUUUGACAAAGUACGGAAACCCAGGCCUCCUUCGCCUGUUAUUGAAAGGAUAUUGCCUCUACCACCACGUAUGACACCACCUCCCUCUCCACCAAUAUUCAGCUCUCGUCCUAAACUGGUGGCAAGGCGGAGACCUGCGGCAGUUAUCUCUCGACGAGCUAGCGACGACAGCAGUGGCAGUGAGUGGUACACCCGCAGCAAGAAGCCUCGCAUGCGCAUGCAUGCUGAUGACGAGGAGAAGAAACUGAAGAGGGUGAGAAGGCAGAGAUCAGAGUCAAACUCUCCAAUUCGUCCCCAAGAUCUUCGAAAACGACUUGUGGCUGGAGGAUGGGAAGGGAAAGGCAGUCACAGCCAUCGUAGUGAUGGUGAAGACAGCUCAGACCCAGAACCAGUGGUAGAGGAGCCAGAAGAGGAGGAUGAAAUACCCGACCUGAGAGUAGCUGUGGCGGCUGAGCGAGCCGACUCUCCUAAGGACUCCAAGGCAGGAAUCCGGCAAAACUUAUUCCAAAGUGGGAAUGUCAAGUCCGUCCUACGAGGAGCAAGGGGGCACAGCGAGAACGAUGACGACGAAGAAGAGGAAGAAAGUGAAGAUGAUAGGAAAAAGUUAUCGAGAAGACAUCGAAGCCGUUCUAAAGAAAGGAGGAGACAUCAUAGAAAACACAAAAAGGAGAGUCACCACAGGAUUAGAAGAAGAAACAGUGAUUCAGACAGUUAUGAGAGGACAAGCAAAACUAUUAGAAGCACAAUAAAAAGAAUCAGUCCAGAAAAAGAAAGACGAAGAUCAGAAAGUAGAGAUAGGAGGAGGGAGAAAAGAAGUCCAAGGCAUGAAGAAAGGAGGAAAAGAAGAGAAGAAACCUAUGGAAGAUCAGAAGCUAGCCGAAGACCAGACAGAAGAAGACAUGAAGAAUCUCGGUCUGGCAAGGACCUACGAGCAAAGCUCUCUCAUAGGCAUAAAGAAUUUGAUUCUAACAACGAAUUCCGUUCCAAGUCUCCAUUACAAAUAGAAAUAGAUAAUGAUGAAUACUAUGGGACAGUUGAAAGUGACUAGUAGUAAAUAAUUAAUUGUAUACAUUUUAGGGGUUUUCAUAUAGAUAGUUUUGUAAAUAAUGGAUGAGCUUGUUAGGUUAUAUCAUUGACUUUGGAUACUGCAAGUAGACUUAUUCUGAAGCCUGUUUUGAUGUGUGAUUCGUGCUCAGUUUUGUUUGAGUGAGCUGAUCUCCCUUGUCUUCAGGCAAAUUUUACACUGAGUAUUUUACUCCUUGGUUUGAAUACCAGAAGAAAGGUGAAAGUAAUUUUUUACAUAGUUCAUUAAUUCUAUUCAAUCAAAUGUAAAAAAAAAAUAGAAGACAUCAUAGCUUCUAAGGGUCUUUGGUUAAUGUGUAAGGGUGUGUUAUGAUAAACAUUAAAAUUAUCAAUAAUCAUCAUUUAUCAAUCUUUGAGAUGAAGCGCUACCUGGGUGCUUAUUUCAGCCCAAAUAUGAGUGAAGGAUGAGUGUAGAAUGGGGUGAGAUGGUCUGUGUAGCUUUGUUACUGACUAAGAUUAGUUGUUUCACUAGCCAGGAUCAUUUAUUUAAAGCCAGGGCCAGGAACAGCUUACAGGAAAGUCCAGUUACAAACAAACCAACAAAAAGCUAAUGACUCCAGGAUCGAACCGGCAACCUUUUGAUUGUUAGGCGAGCACUAUAACCACUCGGCUACCCAGCCGUUUUAUCUAUGCUUAUCUACAGUUAUGUAGGCCCUGCAUCAAUUCUAGUUAAUAUUUCUUUAGUGAUCUCUCUCCCUCUCUCUCUCUCUCUCUCUCGCUCUUACAAAUCCGGCCUGGAUCAUAGUAUAUACAGAUUUUUGGGGUGUGACAAUACGAUACCCGAGCUAAUACUAAACUAUAAACUGUGUUUAAAACAUACUUCAGUACAUGAUAAUACCUUAUGUAGGCAACUGUGAAUAAAUGUACUGUGCUUCCCAUCAGAAAACCAAAAACAUUUUCCACAAAAAUCGUACAAAAAGUAAUUUAAAAAAUUAAAUUUUUUCUUGAGCCGAACCAUAAGGAAAAAUAAGUUUACAAGUUUUAGGUUUCAUCUACGAUAAUAUCGGUAGGAUUGCUGAUUGCAAAACCCCUUUUUAAGUUAAGUGAGAAUAAUGUUUGACGUUUUAGAAUAAUUAUUGGCAUGAGUAAGUUUUUGGAUACUGUGGAGUCAGUUGUGUACAUUUGGAACACUUUUUGUACAUUAUUUUAUUUCAUUUGUAACAAAUUUUUAUGUGUUGUUCAAUAAUUAUACAUUUUGAAGUGAUUAAAUCAAUCCAAUGUCUAUAUCAUGAGUCUACUGAUUAUUUUUAAAAUAUUUUUUUUUAACUAUUUAAUUAUUAAUUAUAAUUAAUUAUAAUUAUUAUUAAUUUAAUUAUUAUUAUUUAAUUAUUAAUUAUUUUAAUUGUUUAUUUAAUUAUUUGCAUGGUAUGAUGAAAAGUUAAAAUUAUGAUAUUUUGGAAUAAUUAUUGGCACAAUGAGAAUUGUUAAUUUUUUUAAUAACUUUUUGGAAACUGUGGAGUUGAUUGUGUUCAUUAUGGUAACCAUUUAUGUACAUUAUUUUAUUUUUAACAGAUUUUAAUGUGUUAUUUAGUAAUUAUACAUUUUGAAGUGAUAAAAUCAAUGGCAAUUAAAUAUUUAUUAAUUGAUUGUGAACAUGACACAAUCAUCAAUCCUUU